AUGGACACCUUUGACCAAAAAUGCCUGCGUAGGAUCCUUGGCUACCGCUGGUAUGACUUCAUCUCUAACUCCACCGUACGCCAAAGAACCGGUCAACCGCCUGUCUCCUACAAGAUCAGACACGCCCGCCUGCGACUCUUUGGCCACGUAGUCGGAGCUGAUCCACCCCUGGAAGCUGUCAGUCUACUGAAGGCAGCCACGCCUGCAGGCUUGUCCAGACCCAGAGGCAGACCCAGACGCAGAUGGGGAGACCAGCUGAAUGCAGACUUCAGCACAGUGGGUCUUAAUGCAGCCACAGCCUGGCAGAGGGCGCAGGACAGAACCAUCUGGAAGACAACUCGAGCAGGAGCCAUGUCCAUUCGAGCAGGCGCCAUGUCCAUAGAUUAUCAUUGUUUUAUAAGAUUGUUCACGGCUUAA